GCCGUGCAGAGCUCACCGCUCAGUCACAGACAGACACACAGAGCUACGGUGUAGCUAGCCAGCCAGCCAGCCAGCCCUCUCAGCGUAACAGCUCAGUCUCAGCCAGCCAGCCAGCCAUGCAGCCGCACACGCUCAAGCGCACCAUCUCCAAGUGCUCCAUGAACAGGGACGACAACGACGACGCGCUGGCCUGCAAGAAGUUCUCCUCGGGGCUGGACAACGAGCCCGUGCUGCUGCCGCGGCGCGAGCACCGCGCGCAGAGCUUCCCGCCGCUGGACGAGGCCGAGCCCGAGGGCGAGCUGUCCCCGCUGCUGCUGUGGGGCGGCGACUCGCCCGCCAAGACGCGCUCCUCCUUCGCGGCCGUGGCGCCCGUGCUGCCACCGCAGGACAGCAGCACGGACGAGAUCUCGGCCGCGCGCAUGGUGGCCGUGGUGCUGGACUACCUGCGCGACGUGGCGCACUACUGCAACCGCGCGGUGCACCUGAGCUUCGCGCAGCUGCGGCAGAUGCUGGCCUCGCUCCCCUUCGCCGUGGGGCAGAUGCAGAGCGUGGCCAAGGCGCGGCUCGCGCUGUCGUGGCCCCUGUCCGCCGCCUUCGUGCAGAACGUGACUGAGUUCAUCAGCGACGAGGACAUCCGCGACGCGUCCGUGGGGGAGCUGGCCGCCUUCCUGCAGUCGUGGCAGGUUGCGUCGGGCGGCGGCGCCAGCAACAUCUGCGCCAACCUGUUCGAGUUCUUCCGCGAGGCGCUGGGCCAGUUCAAGGCCUACCUGACUAAGCGCUGGCUGCAGAGCGGCCGCAUCAGCUUCCCGUGCGAGUUCGGCAAGAAGUCGGACUCGCUCUUCCUCUGCAUGGAGUGCCAUCGCGAGCACAUGUGA